AUGACCAUGGCAGAAGAUCUAGUGGGAUUCAUCAAACCAUUCGGUCACUCCUUAUCACGGAGUGGAGACGGUAACUCGAGCGGAGGGGCCGUCAGAGAAUGCAAGGAGCUUCUCAUUCAAAAUGGCUUCGAAGAGCUCUCCGAAAGCGAUCGCUGGGAUACGAAACCUAACGGCAGAUACUUCGUUACAAGGAAUCGAUCCACCAUCGUUGCGUUCGUAAUCGGUGGUCAGUUCAAAAAAGGCAAUGGGUUCAAAAUUCUUGCUACGCACACCGAUUCCCCGUGCCUGAAGGUGAAACCAAUAUCCAAGCUGCGAUCAGAAGGUUACAAUCAGGUUGGAGCAGUAACUUAUGCCCGAAGUCUCUGGCACACAUGGUUUGAUCGUGAUUUAUCGAUGGCCGGAGAGAUCGUCAUCAGAGCGGUUCUGAAG